GCAGGUUAACGGUGUCCGAUGUCCGAUGUUUACCUCUGUGUUCAUUGCUGUGCUCAUGUGAUCAUUGGAAAGCCCCUAUUUUCACCGUUGUCUCCUUCGCCCGCUCACCUCACCAAUAUGGAUACUAGCGAACUCUUUGAUGAUAGGAAGUCCGAUGUUAAUGCACCUCCAUCGUACGACGCAGUCCCCACCUCCGCACUAUCAACAGACUACCUCCAAUGCAGACCACCAUCUAUAUUUUCCAGGCAACGGAUCAAGCAGACACGUACCACUGUUCUAUCUCUCAUCCGUGACAUGGUUUCUGCUCCGGAUUUUACCCCUUCAUCUGUCGUCCCAAUUGUCGACGCCUGCGCUGCUUCUCUCCCAGCUGCAGAGUUCACUAACCUCCUCCAAACAUCCAAUAUCGAGGGCCACACAGCGUUAUAUUGGGCAAUCGUGAAUAAUCGACGAGAAGCCCUUGUGGCGUUUUUUAGAUUCAUUCCCAAAUAUACGUCUACUUCCUAUUCCGACUUGCGUCUCGCAUGUAUGGCAACUAGCGACCAUGCAUUGUUUAUGAAUCUGAAAUUGUACGCCGUUGCUAAUAACAGGGACGAGCCUUUGAAGAGAUCUUUAGGUUGUCCGCCAGAUGAGAUCGAGGUGCAUGGAGGUAAUAGCCAGAACCAAUUCACUGUCGAUAUGCAGAUCAGGAUGUUUCAGAAACGCCUGCGUAUUGCACAGAAAAUGGUUGUAGAAUUUGUUGCGAAAGGACGCAUAUGGUUCUUGCUCUUUGAUAUGGGGCAUGAGGCGAAGUGGCACAUCAAACUGUGUCUUUGUCAACAUAGCUUGCCGGCACGUCCAAAUGCUGUACUUCUUAUCCAGGCCCAGAAUGGGCAACAUGAGGUCCUGAAGAUAGGGUUCCCAUUGGAGGCGGAUAAGUCGCUUGCACCUGAGGAAUACAUCACCUUUUAUAUCAGGACUUGCACGUCCAUCGAUGCUACGCUAGGCGAUUGGCUGAUGUACAACGAUACCAUAUACACGGACUCCGAUGGCACCCUCCAUGCAAAGCUGGAGGUGACAUUACCAUAGUCCUGACAGAUUACUAGUAGUAUGUAUGGCUGACAGUGAGAAUAGGAGGACGAGGCUAAGUUAAUGUGGAGGUUUGGUCGGGAUGGCAAGAUCAACGGGGAGAUGCAGUCGUGUUUACAGUGGGUGGUGGCGGUUGUGUCCGGGUUCGUCCCGCCUGCUGUUGGAAGGCUAAGCGAGUGUAUGAAGUUCAACGUGGUGUUUAGAAUCAGCAGCAGCAGCUCGAGAUUAUGCAUUGGUGUUGUGUCCGUCUGAUGGGCUGAGUGGUGCUUGACUAGACGUCGUGGGCCAUAGGUAUAUUUUC